AUGACCUUAAAUACCUUCCAUAAUGCAAACUGCUUAGCAAUAGCAAUUGAACAUUUGAAAGUGAACAUGUUUCUUACUUACUUGAGCUGUUGAAUGUUCAGUUUGUUGGUUUACUUGCUAAAAGACUGAUCGAGCACUUGAAAAGAUCACACUUUAGCUGUCGUCUCAAUAUCUACAAAAUUAAAUAUUAAAUAAGGCCAAUAUCCUUGUGUUGCUGACGACGACAUUGACGUACAAAAUACAAGAAACAAGACAAAGAAACAAGUCAAAAUAUCUGGGAAAAAUGAUGAAGGCAAGUGUAAGAAUUUUAAUCGUGGCAUUUUCAAUAUUUAUUUUGUCUUGCAGAGGAACAAUAAUACCUCCACCUGAUGGUCAAAGAUUUGUAUUUUUACCUGGAUCUUCUCACAAUAUAAGUUGGACAUUAAAUGUUACUGGAAACAUUAAUGCAUGGCUUUGGAAUUUUACACCUCGUGGUUCAUCUUCCCCUCAACAACUUGCAACAAUAUUUUCUAAUAGUGACACACCCCAAUAUUCACCAUCACCUUUAACAUUUGAAGUUUUUAAACUUGGAACUUUGAGGCUGAAGAAUGUAAAUCAAAGUUACAAUGGUGAAUUUGAAUUUAGUAUUUUAGCUACUCCUUCUACUCCUCCAUCAAAAGUAAAUGUUUAUAUUGCUGUUAAACCAAACGCGACAAUUAAUUGUUCAUCUCCUCUGUUUGUGAAUGAAAGUGAUGGUGUGUCAUGUGUAUGUAGAGGUGAAGGAGGUAACCCUCCUGCUAAUGUCACAUGGUUUGAUAAAGAUAACAACAUAAUUGGUGAUGUUGGAGUUGAAAGUAAGACAUUAGUAAUCACUGGUGCCUCACCAAAUGAUCGUGGAAGUUACAGAUGUAAAGCUGAAAGUUUUAAUGAUCCACGUUUCAUUGACGAAAAAUCCAUUGAAAUAAUAGUGAAUUAUAAACCAAGAAGUACGACCAUAACCCUAUCAAAAAUAAAUGCAAAAAUUGGUAAAAGUGUGAUUAUAUCCUGUGAAUCAGAUGGUUUUCCUCCGCCAGCCUUCAUUAUUUAUCACAAUGAUGCUGUUGUCAGUGACAAAAAGACAUACAGCAUUCAAUCUGUCAACAUCAGUCACAAAGGUUCAUAUCGUUGUGAAGCAAACAAUAAACUGGGAAAUGAUUCAUCUGAUGUUAAAAAUCUUACUGUCAGCCGAGAGCAACAAAGUUCUUCCAGUUCAUUGCCGACAAUGUCUUCAUCGAUGACCAUUUUGCCAUCAACUAGUUCCGCUCCCACUAAUAACGUCGGCAAAGAUGGCGACGGUGGAUCAAACAUCGGUCUUAUCAUUGGUAUUGUCGUUGGAAUGUUGUUCCUUGUCGCCAUUCUAGUCGUUGUCAUUUUCUGCUGUUAUAAAUCAAAGCAAAAAAAUGGAUACCACGGUGAAAAUGGUGUUGAACCUUUAGCUGGAGCUAAUAAUCCACAACCCAAUCAUUAUGAAGAGGCUGGAGGACUUAGAGAAAAUGCUUAUGAAUCCGUUGGCAAUCAAUAUGAAACAGUAAAUAAUCCAGCAACAAGUAAUGAAAAUAAACCAUCAACAAGUAAAGCACCGCCACCUGUAUAUGCCUCGAUCGAUAGAGAAAAUAGAGAAGGAAAUCCGUUAUACUCCUACCUUGACUUUAAAGAUGAACCUAAAAGAAAGCCAGACAAAAAUCGUCCUGCACCAACUGAAUACGCCAGUAUUGAUAUGAGUAAACUGGCACCUGUCGAGAAAAAAGACGACAAGAAAGGCGGUGACAAAAAAGGAGAUGAAAAGAAGGAAUAAACUGGCGAUCGUCGUUAGUAAAAGAAGAGAAUGUGUAAAGACUUACUACAUUUAUAAAGAUUAACUUUGUUCUUCAUUAGAUAAUCUAGAUUUGAUCUCUAAACACUAUUAAACUGAAUACUUUAUGAUUGUGUCUGUGUACAUAAUCUUUUGCCAUGAACAAACUUGAAUCUUGGCAUCUAUGCUACAGUUUGUGAAUGUAUUUUACUAGCCUUUAUAAGGCAACAACAUUACACACUGACUUUAACGCAGCAUUUUGAAUAGAAUAUUGUUUUAAUCGUAGUUCUACUUUCAUUAUUUUAAUUAUCAUGGUUAAACCAUUUAAACUUUUAUUUACAUAGAAAUUAAGUGUAGAAAUUAGAUAGAAAAAUCAAGCAAUGUCAAGGAGUGUGAUGGAAAACUCUUUAAAUUGCUUCUUUACGAUUGAAUGAUUUCAUAUGCAUUAGUGUAAGGGAUGUUUACGAAUAGAACAAUUUCGUGAUCAUUAUUAUAUUUUUGCUUCUUUA